AUGGCCGAAUACGAGGCUUGCGCCACAGGACUUGAGGGUGUCUUAUCAACAGGUCUUAAGAGACUAGAAAUCUAUGAGGAUUCUUCUUUAGUUGUAUGCCAAAUGCAAGGAAAGUGGAGAACAAAGGACAAGAAGUUGAUACCAUAUCAAGAACAUGUUGAAAAUCUAUCAAAGGAAUUUGAAGAGAUAUCCUCCUCUUUGCCAAGGGAUAGCAAUCAGUUUGCGGAUGCACUAUCAACCCUGAUAUCCAUGGUUGAGAUGGAAUUUGGAACAAGGGUACAUCCGUUCUCAAUUGAGUUAAGACAUCAACCAACAGAUGCCAAUCACAACAAUGCUUUAACGAUUGAUGAAAGACCAUGGUAUGCAAAUGUUACUGACUUCAUCAAAGAAAGGCGAUACCCUAAGGAUGUCACGACUAAGGAAAAACGUUUCUUGAGAUACACAACCCAAUUCGUGCUACGAAAAGACAUUCUCUACAAAAGGUCGUAUGAUGGAGUACAAUUAUUAUGCAUUGAUGAAGAACAAGCAAAACUAGUAAUGGAUAAAAUCCACCAAGACAUAUGUGACCCCUAUAUGACUGCAAGGAUGAUGACAAAAAGAUCCUUAGGCUAG